UUGACUCUGAAAUUAUGAUUUAUCCAAGCCACCUAGUUGGUUUCAUGUUGACAUUGAAUUGGUAUCAAGGUUGCCUUAGUAGCCUAGUAGAUUACAUAGAGGCAUUGGGCUUCAAUUCUAUACCUACUUAAUUGGGUGUCUUUUAAAACUAAGGUUCCAGUCCAACCCUGCUUACUAGGAAAUUCGAUGCUUCAUAUCAGGCAAGGUUAGGAUGCAGUAAGUGAAAAUCAUUGUGCAGACGAUUUCAUAGGUAAAAUCUGAAUGGAUUAAUCUGAAGUAACUCACUAGCUCUAUAUUUUAAUGGCGUGUAUGCAAUUUUAAUGUGAGUCAAUAAUUUCUUAAUGCUUUUUUUUUAACCCUGCUAUAAUCACAGUAAAUGGUAAUGAUCCUUUCCUCCUCCCUUUGCUUUCUUCAUUCACACUUAACAGGUAGAAUGGGAAUUCUAACCUGCAGUGGCAGUUUUGUGUAAGGAAUUUAUGGUGGGAGUUGUUUGAGGAUUAUGACGCUAGAGGAGGCAUCCCCAAACUGCGGCCCUCCAGAUGUUUUGACCUACAACUCCCAUGAUUCCUAGCUAACAGGACCAGUGGUCAGGGAUGAUGGGAAUUGUAGUCCAAAACAUCUGGAGGGCCGAAGUUUGGGGAUGCCUGUGCUAGAGUAAUAGGAUGUGAUCAUUUAUGUGGGAAUAGUAGUCAGUAUAGUUAAGAAUCCAGUUUUAAAGUGUAAGGGAAGUAUUUUGCUCCGUUUGUAUCAGUUUGAGUGUGCAAAUGUUAAGUGCAUCUGAAAUAACUAUAAAAUUCAAAGCUUGAAGGUGACAAUGUAAAUUCUAUAUUUCAUUAGUACUUAUGACACAUCUAUGAAGUUAUCCACUGCAGGGAUGGGGAACCCAUGGCCUUCAAGGUGGUGCUGGGCUAUAACUCCCAUCAUCCAUGACCAUUGCCUGGAAGCUGGAGUCCAGUGAUAUCUAGGGGGCCACAGUUUCUCCAGUCAGUUCGUAAAGGGAUUUGACAGACAAAAUCUGUUGUCUCAUCAAUUGAAAAAGGAACCUACUUCAGCCACUGCCAUGCUUGUUCACAAAUCAAACUCUUUGUACCUUUGUUUAAGAGAGCAAGUUCAAUGACUACGGAGCUGAGCCAGUGUAAACGAGGAUGGAGCACAAAGAACAGUCUCGUAUUGUGGAUUUAUGAGGAUUUAUAUACUGAGACCCUUCACAGGCACCAUAAUAGGUUCUGCCUGGCUCUUGCGCUGGCUGCUUUCCCCAUAGUGACUGCAAAUGAAGAGGUACCUGCUGUUCACCAGGACUCCUGGGGAGACUUCUGGCUGUUUCGCUUUUUGGUCAAUGCUGCAGGCUAUGCAAGUAUUGUGGUGCCAGGCUUCUUGCUUAUACAAUACUUCAAGAAGAAAAAUUACCUUGAAACAGGUCGCGGUAUUUGCUUUCCAGUUAUCAAAUCAUGUGUCUUUGGCAACGAGGCCAAAUCUGUACACCAGGACGAUACCUUGCUAGCAGCUCGGAAUGAGACUGUCGAGUCCUCCACGGCCCGGCAGUUCUUUAAGCUGCUGUUUUGUGCGACUGGCCUACAGAUCUCCUAUCUGACAUGGGGUGUCCUUCAGGAGAGGGUGAUGACCCGAACGUAUGGUGCAACCGAGUCCGACCCUGGUGAGAAGUUCAAGGAUUCUCAGUUCCUGGUCUUCAUGAACCGGAUCCUAGCGUGCACCGUGGCUGGCCUCUACUGCGCCCUGAUCAAGCAGCCCCGUCAUGGCGCUCCCAUGUACAAGUAUUCCUUCGCCUCCCUCUCCAACAUCCUCAGCAGCUGGUGCCAGUACGAGGCCCUCAAGUACAUCAGCUUCCCCACGCAGGUGCUGGCCAAAGCCUCCAAGGUGAUUCCGGUCAUGCUGAUGGGCAAGCUGGUGUCCCGCAAGAGCUACGAGUACUGGGAGUACCUGACAGCAGCCCUUAUCUCGGUCGGAGUCAGUAUGUUCCUGCUCUCGAGCUCCCACGACAAGCACCUCUCCACGGUCACCACCUUCUCCGGCGUGGUCCUCCUGGCAGGCUACAUUGUCUUUGACAGCUUCACGUCCAACUGGCAGGAUGCACUCUUCACCUACAAGAUGUCCUCUGUGCAGAUGAUGUUUGGCGUCAACGUCUUCUCGUGCCUCUUCACAGUGGGCUCGCUGCUGGAGCAGGGCGCCUUGCUGGAGUCGGUGCGCUUCAUGGCCCGCCACUCGGAGUUUGCCGCCCACGCUGUGCUAUUGUCAGUCUGCUCGGCCUUCGGGCAGCUCUUCAUCUUCUACACCAUCAACCAGUUUGGAGCCGCUGUCUUCACCAUCAUCAUGACUUUGCGGCAAGCCUUUGCCAUCCUCCUGUCGUGUCUCAUCUAUGGCCACGCCGUCACGGUGGUGGGCGGGCUGGGAGUGGCGGUGGUCUUCACGGCGCUCUUUCUCCGCGUCUACGCCCGCAGCCGCAUGAAGAAGCGGGCAAAGAAAGUGCCCGUUGAGGGCACUGUGCAGAAGGUUUAGGGGCCACCAGGCAAGUGACAUGCCCUGAGCUCCUCCCCGCCCCCAAGCACUUGCUGAAUCUCUCUUGUCUCAUGAACCCAGCAAAGAGCUGGUCGAUUUGGGAAACAUCGAUUCCCAUCCUCUACACCUCCCACCGCAGCUGAUUCUUAAACACUGCUGGGAUUGGCCUGGAGGAAGCGAGGGGCAGCUUCCUCCUGCUGUCUUAACGUCUGAGCAUUUCAAGUCUGCCGAGGCUUUCUGCUGAAGGAGACAAGGGGCUCUUGAGACCUUUUUCCAAGGAAAGGGUACAGGUGUCCCUAAUGCCUGCCCUUACAGCUUGUGGGGGAGAGAAGGCUAAUUUAUGAUCAAGUCAAAUUGGAGCUUGUUUUUGUUUUUGUUUUGCUAUGGUUCGCCUUCUGCUCACCACCCUGGAGCUGCGUAUGAGGGAAUAGCAAGGCCAAGACUUUUACAAUUUCCAUUAAAAGAAAAAGAAACGAGACCCACACCCUCAAAACUUCAUGGUUGGAAUGGAAAGCUGGCAGCUCCAGCAGCUUCUACAGAAAACCAGUCCUGACUGUGGAAGGUUUUGAACUUACCCUGCUGGGCAACGGCCUCUUAAAUCACAGCCCCUUUGCUUUCUGGCUCAGUAUACCCACCUGUACUUUUGCCCCACUGUCGGACCUUUCAGACAGUGCCCCUUUUGCCAGUGUCAUUUGGGUUUUUGCUUUUUGCUUAGUUUUUCUUUGACCAUCCCCUCCUCACACUCCCAUGAACUACAGUCCCAGAACCCCUCGAGGCCACUCUUGGGGUGCUUUCUUUGGGUUUACUGUUGCUGCAAACUUAGAAAAGCACAAAUAUUGCCUUUUUGAAACACCACCCUUCGGAACAAAGUUUCUUUGCUGCUCUAGGCAAGGUGGUGAGGGAGAGGGUAUCCUCAUAGUAAAAGAAUGUGCACCCCAGUCCUUUUCUCUCUCCCCCCCAUACUCCCCAGUGAUUUUUGCAAAGGUUGGUGGGAAAUACGUGGUUGAAGCUGAGAGCCAGCCAUACGGAAGCAGCCUGAGUCUGGGCUCGUGUGCUGCUUCCAGCAGGGCUGAGCUCUGGGCUCUGACCCUCUUGGGCCUUGCAGAGUCUUUUGUGCCAUGUUCCCAUUUUAUUACAUGGCACGUAGGCCAUUCUGGAAGCUGCAAGGUGUGGUGGGGCACUGAACUGCACUGUAUUUUCUAGCUCGCUGUGCCAUUUUCAUUUUUGAGCCAGGAGAUAGCAAUUCUGAGAUGUACGGUGCAGGAUAGUUUGGUGCCCAGAGGCUGGAUCUUUUUACCCUUUUCUCCACAUGCAGCUGCUCUCAAAACUGGAUGUGGGACUGGAGUUGUUGGCUCUGCCCCAAAAGUCUCGAGUUUUACCCAUUAACCCUUUUGUUGCCAAGCUGACAUUGGGCAGGGGAAACAUUUUUUGGUACUCAACACACAACUGUUUUAUUUUAUUAAAUUUAAACUAUGCUGCAAAUAAGUGGCCAGGACAUGUUUUAUAGCCUUUAAAGUGUGUCCAGGAGGGAUAAUCUAAAGGAGGAGUUGCUCCCUUGUGGGCCACCCCCCCUCCAGGUGCUGUUGGGAUGAAAAAAAAACUAGUCUCUCAAAUCUCAUCCAGUUGAUUUAUCCAGUAUGGUUUAAUCACAUUAGCAAGUGGGUCGCUUUACAUCUGAUGUGCCAAAUAUGGAUCUAAGUGGCAAAAAUGGGAGUUCUAUUACAUUAAGCAGAAAGAAGUUGCUGCAUCUCUUGACUUUGAACCAGGUGAACUUGAUACUUUACCUUGUAGAUGGGGAGCAAUUUUGGAGGCUUGAGAUCAAUUAUUUGUGCAAAGCUAGUUAUCUUUCCUUCUACAUCUCUGCUGCCACAAAGGUCGUAUCUCACAGGUAGAAAUACUGUCAAAGGUUGAUUCCCGUGUCAGCUUAGUUUUAGUACUCUUUGCAUGAGGAUAGAGGUUUCCAGCAGGAAAAAACCACGUUAUUUUAAAGAGAGCCAAAACGAGGUAGCUGAAGUGCCAUUCAAUCUCUGCAAUGAUGACUGGUGUUCGUUGAGGCUCAAGGCUAAGAGAUCAACAGUAGGUGCAGCCAGAACCAAUGACGGGCAGAGCCAGAGUCUGACUGGUUAUAAGUUGCAUUUGCCUUAAUGGACCAGCCAGAUUGAGUCUCUGGUAACAGGUAGGCAAGUAUGUGAAAAGAUUGAUAUAAAUACAGGUAAGGGGGAGAGAUGUCUUGUGACUGAAAAACCCCCAUUUGUUAAUUUCCUCAAAUGAGCACGUACAACAAGUAAAUUGAAGGGCAAAGGUGCCAAUGAGACACCAAAAUCCUCAUCUUUGGCUACAAAGUAUGAUAUGUAAAUUCACAAUUCAAAAUGUUCUAGGUUUUCAGAUUUAAUUUUAGGAGUGGCAUGGUAUGAGGAAGUGAUGUUGGGCAAGAAGGGAUGUGGAUAGAAGUAGUAAGUAGGUAUUCACACAGAAGUUCAGCUUUAGUAGCUCUUGUGCACCAUGAGGCCUAGAUUCUUGAUUUCAAAGCAAAAUUUAACUCCCCAAAAGACUUAAACAUUUCUGCCACUAUGGCAGUGGACUGCAUAGGAUUAAAAAAGGAUUAAAAGGCUGCGUAGGACACAAAAUGUUCCAGGUCAAAGGUUACACUUGACAGCCACGCUCCACAUUAAGAGAAAAUUCCAGUGGGUAGGAAAUUCAGUGUAUGGUGUCUUAGCCUUGUUCUGCCAAUGUUGUUGCAGUCUAAAAAUAUCCCCACCCUUGGCUGAUCAACCUGUGAAAUCACUGUUAUAAACUUGCACAAAUGAGGACUGAAAAGAGUAUUGUUAAUUGUACCGGUAGAAAGGGAAGGUAUAAGCAAUUCAACCCAUUUAAGUCCUAUCUGAACUGCCUAAACUCUUGUUGGUUUCUGGUCACAGGGUUCAGUGUAACUUUCCACAUUGUAGUUUGUCCUGGACAUCACAGGUAGGUGCCUGUAAUAAAGCAUAAAAUCUUGACAGCAAGAAGCACAAGGUACUUCCUUAAUUAGCUGUCAGGAAGGCAAAUUUGAGUAAUUCUGUGCCUGUUUACUUACCCUGUUUCUCCUAUUUUAAGACGUAGUCAUAAAAUAAGCCAUAGCAGGAUUUUUAAGCAUUCAAGGAAUAUAAGGCAUACCCUGAAAAUAAGACAUAGUGGUAGGCGCAGCAGCAAUGCCGGCCGCAGCAGGAGGAGGAGGAGGAAAAAAAAUAAGACAUCCCCUGAAAAUAAGCCAUAGUGGGUUUUUUUGAGGAAAAAUAAAUAUAAGACAGUGUCUUAUUUUCGGAGAAACACUGUACCGGUACAAGUCCCUUUGUUCAAUGAAGCUUAUUAGCAGGGGUGGGGAACACACUAUCCCAUGGGCCAAAUUGGGCAGUUAGGUGGGGGUUGUAUGAUGUUACAAUGAAGGCAGGUGAUGGCAAAACCUUGACAAUAAGCUGGUUUUGAAGGGCUCUUUGAAGCAACUCUGCCCAUGGAUCGGUUGAUCAUUGUACAGGGUUUGGUCGGGGGAGGAAGAUAGGUUCAGCAAUCUUCUCUAGCCCACAAGGAAUUGUACGUUAGAAUAACAGCUUUAUAUACGGUAGAUGGCUGCUACAUCCCUGCUCUUGCAGCAGAUGAUGCCUUGUGUAAUCUACCCUUUAUAGCAGGACUGAGACAGAGAGCCAUGGGCAACUUUCCAGAGACUAUCUGCCAGUUAGUGGGCAGGGCUGGAGGCAAAAGUGGGCAAAGCAAUUUAACUUUUGUACCCUUUGCUAUAUUCCAGCUAUGCCAAAGUACAUUUCUUAGAAUCAUAGAGUUGGAAGGGACCCUGAGGAUCAUCUAGUCCAACCCCUUGCAAUGCAUGCAGGAAUCUGCAACUGUGAUAGGUUUCUACAACCCCCACUUACAUCCAGGCAAGCAAGAUUCACAGUUCAGGAACACAUUCUGGCUAGCAUUCAAAGGGCCUGGAGCAAAGCCAGUGAAGGGAAUGUUCUCUGGACUCUCCCUCCAUGAGACUGAACCAUCAGCACCCCCUGCUGGAAGCAGGCUUGGCAGCAGGAUUGUAUUGUAUGCAUAUGUAACUAUGCAUGCCUGCAGGGUGUGCCUUGCCCACAAUCCCAAAGCAGUUGACAAAUCCUGCUGCAGAGCAGAUGCAAGUAAAGAGACGCAUGUAAGAAACUUGACUACUUAAGAGAGUCUCUGAACAUGUCAAAAUAGUCUUACCACCUUCAGGAGACGAAACUAAGCAGGUGGAUUUUUCUACAAAAGAAUUGACUUGAAAAUAAGUCAUCUUGUUCCACAAUGACAAUGGGGAGCAGGGAUGGGUAAGUGUGUUUCCAAAAGCAACUAUGACACCAUUUCACUCAAUGCACCCAAAGAUGCUUCCCAUAACAACCUACAGUUGGGAUUCCCAAACAUGGUGCCAAUAAAACACAUGCACUCACCAAGGCCAAGAGAGACCUAGAACCCAUGAGAACCUGAACCCAUUUAAACAUUGAAUGGCUGGAGGUUUGUUCUUGCUCAGAGCCGUUCCUCCACACUCUGUUAUCUCAAUAUGCCCUCUAACCAGCAUGAAUGUGGCAAUGGAAGAAGCAAUGUGGGUUCCAGGGUGGGGGCUUGGGGGGCACCAUGAGGAACAUUAUUACUCUGGCACCUAUGUUUUUUAAAGGUAUGCCCACAAGGAAUCGCCUAAAAACAACCGAUCACAUUUGAGGUCUACAGUGAUAUUCCAUGACAUGUUUCUGCCAUAGCUGCCAAGUUAUCCCUUUUUUACAGGGAUUUUCCCUUAUGCUGAAUAGGCUUCCUCACGAGAAAAGGGAAAACUUGGCAGCUAUGGUUUCUGCCCAGUGUAAAAACCAAUGCCAUGCAGCUUUAAUUCAUUUAUAAUUUGCAGAAGAAUCUUUGUAAAGAUCAUAAGGAUUUGUUUUGAGAAUCCAAUGUUUGCACUGACAACUACUGGAUCUAGGACUUUUAGAUGUCAAGAUUGUAGUUUGAUAUUGGCUUAGGGGAAUACUCCAUGUAAAUAUGCAAAUGCAAGAGGAGCCACUUUGAGUCUGCCUGUGGCAGCCAUUUUGAGGCUGGAGUGCCCCCAACACUUUAUCAGAAUUCCACAUGUACACACAAGCUCAAGAAGGUUGGGGUGUUCUGGCACAUGACACCUGAAGUAGGAACCAGUUUCCACUCUUGACUUGGAGGGGGGGUAUGGCUCUCCGCACCAGUUUGUGACAAGGUCCACGUGCUUCACAAGAAAAGAAAUCCAUCACAAUACCACUUCAUUGUAAACCACAUUCUUUGUUAUUUUAAUUCCAGUAAAACAAAACCAAAUACAAACAGCCAACAAGAGUACAAGUCCCUGCUCUCUGAGGACAAAGGGCAGCAGUGAGGAAGGGAGGCAAGGAGUCAACUCACUGCUCUAUUAGUGGGGAGGACAUUCACUGUGUUCACCUCAGCUAUGGUAGGAUGGAUGCUUGGU